UGUUGUUUUUCAUCAACUUUUUCAUCCAGGCAAAUUUAAUAUUCACCGAUUCUUGCAAAUUUUUCUAGUUUUGGAUUUGAAUUUGCAACGAUUCUGCAACCCUCCUCGGGUUUGUGUGUUCCUAGACCAGGUUUACGCAAAUGAAAGCAGAUUAGUGACGAAACUUGGUUUUGCUGCCGGCGUGAAAAGAAUUAUUACAUAUUUUUUAAAAAUGACCGGACUGGCCGAGCAGAUAAAAAUCCUGUACGACGCCAAGCUGUACUCGAACGUGGUUGCCCUGUGCAACAUCGCGGUGCCGGCGUGCGACAACAACCCGGAGGUGCUGGGCAUUCCGCACCAACGCUCGCAGACGCUAGUGGUGUACGGCGACUCGUUGUUGCGCACCGGCCAUCCCAAGAAGGCCGAGAGCGUCCUCGAGAAGGCCCUACUCGUGCGCAAGUGCAUCCUGAAGCCCAAGGGCGCCACCCUCGGCGACUACGAGGUCAUGACCGACGUUGACAUCAAGUACCUGAUCCACGAGUGCCGCGUGUGCCAACACGACGGGGCGGGCGCCAUAGCCGCCCUCGAGACCAUCCCUGCCAAGGCACGCAACCCCAGGGUCAACAUGGCUCUAGGCAAGUUGUACGGCGCCAGGGGCCUCGAAAGGUCUGCCAUCACUGCUUACAAGGAGGUCGUCAAGGAGGCGCCACUGGCGAUUGAGGCGGCGGAGCAGCUGCUGCGGCUGGGGGUGAGCGGGGCCGAGGUGAUGACCCUGAUGGUGAACGGAUACUGCAAGCUGCGCGGGCUGGACUGGGUGCAGAUGUGGAUGCGCGCGCUCGGCCACCUGCACCAGGGCGAGUACUCGGACGUCAUCACGGCCCUCAAGUCGCUCGACAACAAGAUGAUCCUGCGUGGCUGCUCGCAACUAACCCUCACCAUCGGCCGCGCUUACUACCUCAAGGGCGACUACGCCAGCGCCAUCGACGCCCUCCAGAAGGUUCAGAUUUUCGACCCAACCGUGAGCGCCGGACUGGACAUCCGGGCGCACUGUCUGUUUCGGGAGAAGCGGACGCGUGAACUGGAGCGGCUGAUAGCUCCGUUGGCUGACAGCGUGUCCGCCCCCAUGGUCUCGCCCUGCAACCGCUCCCUCCUCAGCGAGGCUACCCUCAGCGUCCAUGGCCCUGAGGUCUGGGUCGCCGUUGGAUGGUACGCCCUGGCGCGGAACCAGCCGGUGCGGGCGAACCACCUGGCGGCGCGCGCCAAGAACUUGUGUUUGCGCGACUCGAGCGUGGAGGCGCUGCUGUUGCGUGGCGCCGCGCAGCGUCAGCUGAAGCGUCUGGACGCGGCGAUCGCGUGUUACCGUGACGUCCUCAACGUGGCCCCCAAAAUGUUCGAGGCGUUCGAGGGCCUCAUAAACUGCUACCUGGCAGCGCCGAACCGAAAACGCGAGGCGUUCACGCUGGCCGCGACCGCGUGCCGCAAACUUGCGCACGCACCGCGCGCCCUCACGUUGUAUGCAGAGGUGCUGAUGAACGAGCCGGGCCUGAGUUCAAAGGCAAAGAGCGCCCUGGAGAAGGCCCUGAGCCAGGACGCGCACUUCCUGCCGGCCGCCUACCUGCUGGCCGAGAUCUUUGAAAAGGAGCACAAGUAUGACCACGCCAUAGCACUGCUGCAGCGCCACAUAGACGCAACGCCCAACGCCACCCUGCACAGCAUGAUCGGCGACCUGCACAGCCGCAUAGGCAACGUCGACAAGGCCCUCAACCACUUCACGCUCGCCCUCAAUUUUGACCCAAAGAACCGCGUGGCGCAGGCGGGUAUUGACAACAUUGACUGCGCAGGCGCCAACCCGGCCAGCACCAGCAAACCCUCGCCCUGCUUCCUUUCGACACCUGGUGCCGAGGACGCCGACAUGAGUCUUGACGUUGAGGAGGCCAUCGACAACAGCGACACUGACGAGCUGGACGAAGGGGAGGGCGCCAACUGGCCGGAGUUGCCCUAAGCGUCGGAGGGGGGAAGGAGGGGAGCGAAGUGUAUGGCACCUGCAAGAGGGGUGGGGGGCGAGGUCAGACGGCGGGGUGGUCCUGCUGGUGGCGCUGGCGUCGCAGCCACUUGUGCAGCACGUGCGUGUUGAUGACCUGCGCCUUGGGGCCCUCGGUGGUGACCUCGAGGUGCGCCGUCGGUUCAAACUCGACCUCCGAGUCCCCCGCGUCCGCCGUGUCCAGUCCUCGGCCGCCUCCGCCAUACCCACCGCCCCCGACCGGGCCGUUUUUGGGCCACCCCUGGGCCGUGCGCAUCACGAAGCCCCCGCGGCCGCCGUUGGUCGCCCCCGGAGGCGGCCCCCACUCGUCUUGGCCGCUCUCGAGCCACUUGGGCCGCGUCUGCUGCUCCAUCGGCCCGUCCAUGGACGUCACCCUGCAAAGAGAACAAUCGGUGAAUGCAAACCUUUCUUUUUUAGAUAAUUUUAUGAAUGACUUUGUUGUAAAUCUCAUCAUGUUCCGAUUUUGCUUGUGAUUGUGCGCGAGGCAAUUUGAACGCCUCUUUUGACUGAAUUAAAUAAAAAUCUAGCCCUCAACAAA